AACCGCACGUACUGGUUGGCGGAGAGGAUUAAACCGAAACAAAAUAUGAUCUUUUGAUGGUUUACCUUCACCCAAGCGAGACUACCGUCGUGCAAAUGGAGUCUUUAAGGUUCGAAGUUUGUGGUGAAGACGAAAUAGCUACGCUGUAAACGAGGCUUCGUGGAUAUUUUAUUGUUUUUUUUUCCUCUGGACGUCUGUUUGUUGGUCUACACGGUUUAACAAGCUAGCGCUAGCCGCGAUACUAGUGAGCUGCUUGAGCUGCAAUGGUCGACGCGAGUUUAUGCGUAUGUCUCCAGACCUCCAGAUACUGAACCGACGGCGACAAAUGGGACCAUCCAGCAUUGGCCCAAAACAUCGCGGCAUAGACUAAAUUUAAAAAUCAGAUCUCUGUUUCAGUUUGUGGAAAUUCAUACUAAGGAAUCUGUGGAUCUGCAGCGGCAGGAGUUUUUCUUGUUGGAUUUAGCCCACUAACAUUCUCCCACAGCCAUGGAAUCGACGGUUGAUGACGAUGCAAUGGCAGCGUGAAUGAAGCUUGGCGUGGGGAGAGCUGAACGAUGCCCAAAGGUGGGGGUUCUAAAACCCCCCAGCUGGACCACUUCCCACUCAACACCGACAUGGUGGAAAAGCAGGGUGGGAAGAAGGAUAAAGUGUUGUCAAACAAGACUCCUAAAUUGGAUCGCAGUGAUGGGGUCAAAGAGAUGAAAGAAAAGGCCUCUAAAAGGAAACUGCCCUUCACUGCUGGAGCUAAUGGAGACCAGAAAGAUUCUGACUCAGAGAAACCAGGUCCAGAGAGGAAGCGCAUUAAAAAGGAGCCCACCAACACCCGGAAGGCGGGCUUGCCGUUUGGAAUGGGGAUGCCAGGGAUCCGGGCUGGGUACCCCCUCUCUGAGCGGCAGCAGGUGGCCUUGCUCAUGCAAAUGACAGCUGAGGAGUCCGUCAACAGUCCAGACACAACACCAAAGCAUCAGUCACAGUCCAGUCUGGGUCAGAAGGGAACGCCAAACUCUGCAUCUAAAACCAAAGACAAAGUGAAUAAACGGAACGAGAGGGGGGAGACUCGGCUGCACAGAGCAGCAGCCAUUUUUACCUUACGCUUUUAUUUUGAAAUUUCCCCACAUGCUUGGUAGCUCAUCAGCGAGGGAGCUGAUGUGAAUGUAAAAGACUUUGCAGGCUGGACUGCAUUGCAUGAGGCGUGCAACAGGGGGUACUAUGAUGUGGCCAAGCAGCUGCUGGCAGCCGGAGCAGAGGUCAACACCAAGGGUCUGGAUGAUGACACCCCACUACAUGAUGCAUCCAACAAUGGACAUUUCAAGGUGGUUAAGUUACUUUUACGGUAUGGAGGGGACCCGCGGCAAAGCAACAGGAGAGGUGAAACGCCGUUAAAGGUGGCCAACUCGCCAACUAUGUUAAAUCUACUGCUGGGGAAAGGCACUUACACCUCAAGUGAAGAAAGUUCAUCGGAAUCCUCAGAAGAGGAGGAUGCCCCCUCGUUUGCCCCCUCCAGCUCUGUCGAUGGCAAUAACACAGACUCAGAGUUUGAGAAGGGCCUGAAGUCGAAAGGGAAAAAUGCAGACCCUCCUAAGUCGGCCGUCACACCUGUCAAAGACGAAUACGAGUUUGAUGAGGAUGACGAGGAGGAACGUGUCCCUCCUGUGGACGACAAACACUUGUUGAAAAAAGACUUCCGCAAGGACUCAAUCAGCAAGGCCAACAGCUUCAUCUCCAUACCCAAGAUGGAGGUCAAAACCUAUUCCAAAAGCAACUCGCUCACACCAAAGAAAACUGUCAGGCGGAUCAUCUCUGACAGUAACAGUUCAGAUGAGGAUGAUAGGACGUUGUGUUUCACACCAGCGCCUACGCCGAGGCAACAAGCCCAACAAACAAAUACCAAGACAAGAGACUCUGGCAGCAUGAGCUCAAAGCAGCAGAAAGACAAAAAUAAAGUAAAAAAGAAGCGGAAGAAAGAGAGUAAAAACAACGUCAGUAAAGAAGUCAGGUUUGGCAAAGUCAAUGACAAAUUCUGUACGUCUGACUCUGACUGUGGAGAUAUGGAGAGUGAGGAUGAUAAGGGCUCUAAUAGUAUAAAGGACUCUUCUGCAACGGGCCUGAAGGAAUCCCCUGGCUUUAAUGCAUCCUCCUCUUCAUCCCAUGGCAACUUGAACUCUCAAAAACAAGUACCGUCAUUAGCAGAACAGCAUCCAAAGCAGUGGAGGACAGAUGGCUGGAAGACUGUGUCGUCGCCUACGUGGUCGGAUGUCAGUUCUCUCUCAGAUUCAGUCAGAACAAGACUAUCCAGCGAAUCGGAUUAUUCUUCUGCUGACUCAAGUGUAGAGUCGAUAAAACAAGUUAAGAGGAAAGCGCAGGAGAACAAAAAGAAGAAUAACAAUGUGCACAGUAACACUGUAGACAAGAAAAACUCUGAUCUGUACAAAAACUCCACUGCAGACAGUUCAAUCUCCAAAACUGAUGGAGACGGCAAAGUGCUGAAAAAGCAUAAAGUGAAGCACAAGCACAAAAAUAAAGAAAAGGACAAAGCUCCCAGUCUAGUGCUUAAUCAAGACAUGAAUGAGAAAUUUGUCAAAAGCUAUUCUUUUGAUUUUGAUGAUUCAAGGCAGAAGUCGCUAAUUGUUGAGUCAGAAUCAGCAGCUGAGAGUAAAGUCAAGUUAUCAAAACAUGAAAAAGACCAUUCAAAAAAGGAGGAUAGGCUUUUGAAAAACAAGUCUGAGGAUAAGGAGUGGUCAUCUGGAAAAGACCCCCACAGAACAGCAAAGGAGGAGAAAAACAAGAAAGUAAAAGACUCCACCAAGGACAAGACAAAUAAAGAGGAGCGGGAGAAGCCUGUAAAAUCUGACAAGGAUAGAAAUGCAAAGGAGAAAGAGAAACCGAAAGAGGAAAAACAAAAGGCUCACAAAGAGGAGAAAAAGAAAAAGUCCAAGGAGAAGUCAUCCUCAAAGGCAGACAGGAAAAGUGAGCUGAAAGAGGAAAAGCAUCUAAAGGUAGAUAAGGAGAAAAACACCAAGGAGGAGAAGGAGAAAUGCAAGAAAGACAAAGCACCGAAGGAAGAGUCUGAGUAUGAAGGCUAUGACGUCAACAACCGGUUCCUGAACUUGGAGGACACAAAGCUGAGUGCCUCAGAUGACCAUCAUGACAGAUGGGGCUCUGAGAUGUCCUCCGACUCCUCCCUCUAUGGAGAUGAGAGCUGGGACGCUCCUGUCAAAGAGUACAAGGAAUACAAAGCCAACAACGCUGUUAAGCUAAUUGUUGAGACUGUUAAGGAAGAGACAAGGAGAAAAGAAAACAAAGUAAAGGACAAGAAAUCAGACCACAAUGAGAAAAGAUCAGAUAAAGAGGCCACUUCCAAGAAAAAAGAAAAAGACUCUUCAGAAAAGACAAAUGAAAAGAAAAAAGACUGGUCAGAAAAACAAAAGCUAAACUCUAGUCACUCCGUUGAAAAAGAGAAGAAGCGGAAAGAGUCCACAGAAACAGUAAAAGACAAAAAGGACAAAGAAUCCCUGGACAUCAGUCGAGAACGUAAGGACUCCUAUGAUUUCAUGAAGGAAAGAAAGGACAUAAAAAUCAAGCAGGAGUCUGUAAGAGAUGAAUAUAGCAAUGAUACCUUCUUCAAAGACAUCGAUGCAGUCAGUAAAUCUUGUGAUAUCAGAGAAAGAAACCAUUCUGGAAAGGAGAAGGAAAAGAAGGGAGAGGGAUUGGAAAAGCGAGAAAAGACGAAAGCUGACAAGCACAAAGACAAAACAAAAGACAGAGGAGCUGAUCUGGAGAAGGAUAAGAGCGAGAAAAGCGCCACAGAAAAAACUGUCAAAGAAAAAGAUGCAGACCGGGUCACCAAAGACAAAAAGGAGGGAGCUAAAGACAAACACAAAGAGUUUCACGGCAAAGACAAAGAUCGAAAGAUGUCCUCAGAACAAACCAAGGACAAGAAAGAAAAGACCUCUCAAGACAAACAUGCUGAUAGGGAGAAGGAUUUCUUAGAGGUGAAAAAGGAGGAGAGAAAACCUGAGAAAAGAGAGAAAACCUGGUACAAGAUAGCAGACAUAUUCACUGAUGAAAGUGAUGACGAUGAGGACAGCUAUAAUGGUGGUAUUUCACUGUCAGACUCCGUCAGAAAAGACUCAACACCUGAUCAGGACGAGUUAGAUCACUUCCCUUCAGAGAAAAUUAGGAAAUCUUCUGCAGACGCUAAACACAAUACAGAAAAAGCAAAAGACAAAGACCAUAAAGACAAGAAAAAAGAAAAGGCCACAUUUGACACUGGUAAAGAAAGGAAGGGCUCUCUAGAGAAACACAACAAAGACAAGAAAGAUUCAGUAGACGCAAAACAUAAGGAAAGAAAAGACAGAAUGUCAGUGGACUCAAACCAAGACAAGAAAAAUAAGCAGAAACUGUUGGACAAAAGGGACACAAGUGAGGAAAAGACAAAAAGCAAAUAUAAAGACAAGCUGGACCACUCUAAGGAAAGGAAACCUUCAAAAGGCAGCGGUGAGAAUGAGAAGUCCCUGCUAGAAAAACUAGAGGAGGAAGCUAUGAAUGACUACAAGGACGAUUCAAAUGAUAAGAACAGUGAAAUCUCCUCAGACAGUUUCACUGACAGAGGUCACGAACCAGUCCUCACCGCUUAUUAUGACUCCAUCAGCCUGACUGACGUGUCUGAGGAUAGGAGGGACUCCCUGUCCAUAUCUACACCUCAGGACAAGUUCAGAGAGAAAGAGCGGCAUCGACACUCCUCCUCAUCUUCGUCUAAGAAAAGCCACGACAAGGAGAAAGAAAAGGUCAAGAAAGACAAAGGAGACAAACGUGACAAGACCGAAGAGAUCAGAGAGUCGUACAACCGAAGAGAGAGUCUACCUUUUGAGAAAGAGCCCAUGCCUUUAGAGGCAGACCCAUACACUUUUCCGUAUGGAGGUAAGGGGGAUGGUGAAGAUGACUUUGAUAAAACUUUGGAGUUUGAAAAAGAGAUGUCCAAAAAGGAUAAAGACAAAACAUCAGGAGUCAUCAGCGACAGAAUGAAAGACAAAAAGAAAAAGGAGAAACAUAAGGAGAAAAUAAAGGAGGAGAAGAAUAAAUACAUGGAUGGUUUUGGCUCUUUUAAACACUCCAAAGAGGAUGUGAAGUCAGGGUUGAAAGACAGUCCUCAGGUCACUGUUCUAAAGGACAGAUGCAAAGAAGACAGUCCUAAAUUUGAGAUUAAAAAGGACAGAAAUCGAGACACGCUGGACAAAGAUAACAGAUUAGACCACAGUAAAUCUAAGGUGAAGGACGAAAAUGAAAAGAUCUCUCAGUCCAAAGACCCAGUGCGGAAAGAUAACCGUCCACGGGAAAAACUGUUGGUGGAUGGCGAUUAUCAAAUGACAAGCUUUGGUCAGAUGUUGAGUCUAAAAGAUCAGGAAAUUGAAGAGCGCCACAAGAGACAUAAAGAGAGGAUGAAGCAGAUGGAGAAGCUGAGACCCAAGACAGGGGACCCCAAACUCAAAGACAAAGCCAAGUCCACUGACGAAGUGCGUAAAAACCGCAAUGAGCUGUCGGCAAAGAAGUCCAACAGUCUGGAGUCGGGUCUGAAGGAGAAGAAGCUGAAAGAUGUAGGUCUUCCAGCACAGAUGAUGUCUCCAAACAGGAAGUUCCAGCCCACUGACAGUCAGAACUCAAAGGACUGGCUCGCUGGCCACCAAAUGAAGGAGAACCUCCCGGCGUCUCCCAGGCCAGAUCAGAACAGGCCUACUGGUGUCCCCACACCAACAUCUGUCAUCUCGUGCCCCAGCUUUGAGGAGGUAAUGCAGACACCACGUACCCCAUCGUGCAGUGCAGAGGACUACGCUGACAUCAUGCUGGAUGGACUUGACUGUCAGAACUCAUCAGCCAUGACUAUGUCAAUGAAUGCCUGCUCCCCAUCCUUCUUUGAAAGCAGGUACUCCAACUCCCAGAGUUUCCAGGAGGGCACCUGCCCAACUCCUGCAAAGAACCUUCAGCUGCCACUUGUCAGCCGAUCUGCAUCAUCUGAUGUCCGCAGGCCCUUAGAGGAUGAAUUCAAGGCUGAGGCUGAUAAGUUCCUCCGACAGCAAAGUGAUCCAGGAGCUGAAUAUGAUCCCACAUCUUCCUCUCAAACUCUAGAGGACAAAUCAGCGACAGUGGAUAGGCUGGAGUGUCUGUCGUCUCCGUAUUUUUCCCCAAUAAGGAUGUUGUCCCCACGACGGGAGCCAGCCCAUCACAUUCCAGAUGUGGCAGCACCGACUCUCUCUGGCUCAGAAGGUAACGAACAUCCUUCUGAAAGUGUGUACAACAGUUACCUACCAAAGCCCUCCACACCAGUGCACAGGCCAGAUCCACAGGAGCCCUGCUUCGACAUUGCUGCACCGCCAACCCCAGCUCCUGCUGCUCUGCCGCCUCUGGACAUCGAUGACAUCUCCGAGCCUCACCACAGUGAGCCUAACCUAGUCCUCUCAGAUCUUCCUUCGGUCACUGAAGAACAGGAGCAGGAAGAGGAAGAUGAAGAAGAGGAGGACGAUGAAGAAGAAGCUGAUAUGGGGGACAUGGGUGACAUCAGUGAAAGAGCUGAUGGUGAGCACUGUGCGGUGGAGGAGCCAGAGCAAACAAGAGAUCCAUGCUCUUUUUCCCCACAGGAGGUUGAGGACCCUCUGAGAAAGAGCUGGCCUGCAGAGUCUCCAGAGCGACAGGAUCCAGAGGUCCACCAGAUGUCUGACACGCACUCAGAGCCCAACCAUGGAGAGAACUGUUAUGAUCACAGCAUGGGGUGGAACACUGACAUGGACCUUAAAUCUCCUCACAGGACGUAUGGGGAAAUCGAGGCUGCUGUUUCUAAAAUAACCAGCCCGUACUCGCACUCAGACAGUGACAUGCAACACCUGUCAGGCCACCCCAACGUUACAUCACCUUAUGCCACCUGGAAUAGUUGGCAUAAGGAGGAUCCAGAGGAGUAUGAAGAGCAGAAGGAUGCUGUGGCAGACAUCCCCUCUCCAGAGAGGCCCGAUGGAGCAAUAGAUGAGGAGCCAAACUAUCUAAACACCUCCUCAUCCUCCAAUAGGCUGGAGUCUUUCUUUCAAGACUGCAACAAGCCCAGCAUAGAAGAAAGCCAUCAAAUGGAUGGUGAGUCAGGGUGUGAGGAACCAGACAGCAGGCAGACUCCGCAUGCUUUCAAUGCUACGACUGAAAGCCACAUGACUCCAGCUGGGGGGCCUGAGCCUGUGGUGCCGUGGGCGGACCCAUUCUCAGCUGAUGCUGAUGAACUGGAUGACCUGGGGCCUUUCUCCCUGCCUGAUCUGCCUCUACCGGACAAGUCAGAGGAAGCUGACCCUCAAGACCCAGAACUAGCUGAGCACAACAAGGCUGUGACGUGUCAUAUAAGACAUGCAAUCACAGAAAGAGAUGACUUGGAUAUCAUGGAGGUGGACUUACCAAGCAUGGAAAAGAGUCCGUGCCCUGCAGGAGAUUUAAUUUUAGGAGAAUCAACGGGUCAGGACUUAGUGGUACCAUCACCACAUCCCAACUUCCAGCAGGAGAUGGACCCAGAGCCUCAAAGCACACCUGUCAGCAGCUCUUUGUGUCUCCCACAGCAACAGAGCAGCAUGUUGGAAAGAAAAGGACCUUAUGGAGAACCUGAGGAGCUGGAUUCAAGUUUAUUGUAUCCAUCUGUGAAAUCAGAUGUAAGUCAGCAACAUCAUACACAGAUCCAGCCACUCACAGAGUCCUCUCCGUUUACCUUGGACCCAAUGUCUGCUGUCAAGUCUGAGGUGAGGCAAGAGGAGAUGUCGGAGCCUGUAUCUGAGCCUGCCUCAUGUAGUCCUCUUCCUCAGCUUCCUGUCCCAGUCACCCUGCCCAGCACGAUGGAACAGCCAGACACUCAAGAGACAACACAGAAGCCAACACCUCCUCCUCUGACGACUGUUUCCCCCACCGCAGAGGUCCCCAAAAAGGUGGAUGAAAUCCCUCAAAGGAUGACACGCAAUCGCGCCAAGAACAAUCCCUCCGCUGCUGUCCCUCCUACCUCCUGCAUUUUGACCUCAUCUGCCGCCACCACCUCUGUAACCACCAGUCCAGCAGUGAGCAUUAAUCCGAUCCCUACAAGAACACCAACACCCACCUCAGCCUCGUCUCUGUCAGCUCCAAAGAAAGACAAAGAAGCUGUGCUUAGUAUCUCCACGAAUUUAACCCCAGCAGUGUCUGUCCACACUUCAGUGACGCCUCCAUCAGUGGUCAUCAGCAAGACGACGAAAGGUCGUCCGCUCCCCAUAGACGAUGAUGAGUCACAUACCCAGCACCCACGAAAGAGGAAAUUCCCACGCUCUGCUGGGCAGCAGGUCCAGGUCCAGCUGGUAAACACAGCCAUGCAGCAGACCAGAGAGAUGAUCCAGCAAACGCUGGCUGUUGUUGUCAAUGCAAUCAAGCUGGAUGAUAUCGAGCCCUACCACAGCGACCGAUCCAACCCUUACUUUGAGUACCUGCAGAUCAGGAAGAAGAUCGAGGAGAAGAGGAAGAUCCUGUGCUACAUCACCCCACAGGCCCCACAGUGUUAUGCUGAAUAUGUGACCUACACAGGCUCCUACCUGCUGGAUGGCAAACCUCUCAGCAAGCUUCACAUACCUGUUAUUGCUCCACCUCCAUCGCUCUCAGAGCCUCUGAAGGAGCUCUUUAGACAACAGGAGGCAGUGAGAGGGAAGCUCAGGUUGCAGCACAGCAUAGAGCGGGAGAAGCUUAUUGUUUCCUGCGAGCAGGAGGUUUUAAGGGUUCACUGCAGAGCUGCGAGGACUAUAGCCAAUCAGGCUGUGCCAUUCAGCGCCUGCACCAUGCUGUUGGACUCUGAAGUCUACAACAUGCCAUCAGAGAGCCAGGGGGAUGAGAAUAAAUCAGUAAGAGAUCGCUUUAACGCUCGUCAGUUCAUUUCCUGGAUCCAGGAUGUGGACGAUAAAUAUGACCGCAUGAAGAUUUAUUCUCAUCUUCUUUUCAGACAUGUCUUUCAGAUCGCCACGCACCUGAAACACGUGCAAAGGAUGGAGUGGCAGCUGAAGGUCCAGGAGCUGGACCCAGCAGGAAAGAUGGUUUUUAGGCUUUUGGCUUUUUUGACAGGAAUGGUCGAUGUCAACGACGACUUUGUCCUGCUGCCUGCAUGACACACCUGUGCUCACUGAGGGAGACAAAACUUCAUCUGAAUCACUUCUUCUCAAAGAGACUUCGUCAAACAGAACGAAUGGAAAGGGCUAGCAAGUUUGAAAGAGGACUUUAAGACAGAAAUUUAUAUUCUAUAGAAAAGAGUAAAGAUGAAAAACUUGCUCUGGAUUCCCUUCCGUGAAGAAGGAAACUUGUUUUUACUGGGGAAAAAGAAAAAACACAACUUGCACUUUCAUCCUCAAAGUUUUUACACUUUUGUUUGAUUAGAGUUUGAGAAGCAGAAAAAAGUUUUUUUGCUUUGAGGCUCUGACGCCGGGACAAAACUCCUCCGUGCUCAGUUGGGAGACAGAGAUAUAUUUUCUGAGUUCGUUUUUUGGUCCCCGCUUCAAUAGACCCACCGCCAUCCCCCCUGGGAGGAGGUCUCAGAGAAGAGCUAUCCCAUCAGCGUGGUGCCUGUCCUGUGGGAGGACUGAGGAGAAGCCUCCCCUGUUGACCCAAGGCUCCUGGUGGGCCAAGAGAACUAGUCCAGCGCUGACCCAGAGGAAGUCUACAGAGUUACGGUGAAACAAUGUGGAUCCUCCUCUACAGUCGGGACAGAUGGACCAGGGAGCGAGAACCAGCUGCUGGUAGUUUGGUUGAUAAGAUCGUACACCCAGAGGACGCCCUCUCUGUUCACGCUGCACCGGGCCUCGCUAGCUUGGGGCCGGUCGGAACGCAGCAGAGGGUUGGUGAUGUGUGCACACGUCAGGGCCCAGCGCCUGAGAGGAAGAGACUGACCCUUCAGCCUCUCAGCCUGGCUAAACAGAAGACAGCAGGCGCAGAUCUCUGAGGACAGACCGGAGUGUUCCUCAGCCGUCCUGCUCGCUCCAACAAAAACACAUCAGACCGCCAUGGACUGCAAAAACACCACAGGACAACCAGAAGAAACAAACAUAACGAAUGUUGAGAUUCAAAUAGACUAUUGAGAAAACCGUGGUUCUGCAGGAGGAGAGAAAUAUUGUUUUUGUCUAUUUCUUUACUUGGGCAUUUCAUUGUUUUUUGAGGAAGUGACUUGAAACACUACAGAGCCAAUAUUAGUUUAAUGGAAAAAAACAACAGAAAAUUGAAAAAAAGUUGUAUUCCGUAAAUUAUGUACAGUUUUUAUAUUCGUUAACCAAUGUAUUCUUGCUGCCUUCUAGAUAAUUUAUUUUGCCACACAUUACUGCACAGUUGUAAAUAACCUAUGUACUGUAAUAUCACUCAGUUAAGUGUAAAGAAAAAACAUAAAAGAAAUAAAAAUUAUCUUUUUAUGUACAGUUCACUUUUGGGCAGCACUUUCCCCCCCUCAUAUCCAUGGGCCAAAAUGUGUACACGAAUUUGUCAGUAUUUGAAAGACUCCAGUGCACACUUCUCUGAUCCCAUCUUUGAUUCAGUCCAGGGUUAGGAAAGUCACCUGGACGUGGAUCAGGACUCAUAAAUAGCUGACAGAGAUCACUUCUGGAUCAAAGUGGCCUCCCACAGGCCAGACACCAUAUAGUCCCUCAGAUGUAGCAGAAUAGUUGUUGAGGAUUUAUUUAAAGAAUAGACAGAGGAUUAUUAUUCAUUGCUUUACUAUACAAUUAUAUCUAAAAAAAAAAUUCGAACCAAGAAAAUGCCUUUUUCAGUGAAAUAAAAUGUACUCAUUGUUGGGCAAAGUCACAUAGAUAUAUAUGGGUGGGAUGAAAGUUAGAUGUCAUUCAUAAGCAAAACCAUUUUAGUUUUUUCAAUCUUUGUCUUGUUUUUUUAAUUCCCAAAAAUCAGACUGAAACUAUUUCUUAUCAUCAUCGUCGAACAUCCAACAGGACACGGGUCAACAGCACUUCAUGACUUGUUCUCUUCUCCCAGUUUGUCUGCUUUUCUUUUUUAAGGACUGAAGAGUUGUACCACAGCUGAAAAGGUUCAUUCCAUGACGACUUUUAACUUUGUCUGUCUGCCCUUUGUCCAAUGUUGGAGAGCAGCUUAUUUUCGAUGUGCCGUUCCAGUUUUACCCACUAGAUGGUGCCAGAGUGUCAGAAAACCCCAGAAACCUAAUUGGCUUUUCACGAGACCUGUUGCCUUUUACUAGAUGGGCGUUUUUAAAUGUAUUUAAAUUUUAUCACAGACUAUGGGGAGAAAAUUUCCCUCAUCUGAUCUGUGAAGACAUUCACACAUUAGCUCCAGUCUCAUCCGUCUUUUAAAUUACCUACAGGCGAUUGGCUAGUGUUGUCAGGGAUUUUAAAAGUAACUUACUUCCUCAUUUUCUCUCUUGUACGGUGGCUUUUUUUCCACCAUUGUGUUCUUGUGUCAAGCCCAAGCAGACCGUUACGAGACUUAAACAUUCUCAGAAUGAACCAAAAAGUUUGACAGACGUUCAAAGAAACAGGGGAAAGAAAUAGCUUAAUGCAGAACAGAUUGGGUUUUUGUUUUUUAAUCAUCCUUAAUUCAAUCCUCCAUCUCAAUCUGUGAUGGCUGUAUUGAUUUUUUUCUCUUUUUUAAAGUGAGUCCUGGUUUUGAAAAGCUUUCCCCACCUUCCACAUAGGCUGCCUGUCUUUGUGUGAGAGCUGCUCAUGUAUCCUGAUGGCAAUACAAAAUUAAAACUUUACACACUGUUAAGUCAGCUUAGCUGUGUUUGGUAUGUCUGGUCAAGUGCAAUGGUUGUUGCUAUUACACUGUGCAGACAAGGUGGCUAGAGAGACAAUACACACACAAAUACCCAGAAUAUUUCUUAUUUUACGCCCCGUUUGUUAUGUUUUUAUUUGUUUUCUUACACCAUAUUUUAGGGGAAGAGGUUUUAAGGGUGUUUUGUUCACAGAAUCCUUGUUUGUGUGUUUUUUAGCUCCGUGUAUGUCGUUUUUGAAUGUUGUUGUGUUAAUCUUAGGGGUUCAUUUAGUUUCCUGUAUAGAGCAUAAACACCAGUGGCAUGUCAAUCACGUUGCUUAUCGAGCAGAAUGUAUACCGUUACUAUGCCCUGACCGACCACACCCUCUCACUAUUGUUUACAAAACAUCAAGUGUGUGUUUUUUCCGUGUUAUGUCACCUUUUUUUAACGGUUUAAUCCCUGCCUUUGUUUUUACUUGUGUAAUCAGUCGUUUAUUUGAACCACAAAGGCUUGAAAUGGUGAUGGUUGACACAGCUGACAGGCGAUUUCUCUCCCCCGCAUACUGCGGUACACCGCUGCACAGAGCAAUAGACAAACACAUCCAUCCGCUUUGAUUCUCCAGCGUGAAUCUAAAUAGCUAACAACAGAGUGAUUUCUGGUUUGAAUUGAAGACAGACACAAACACAUCAAUCCUCAGAUGCACAGUAGAGCACUUGGCCGUGGUGAUACAGAUGCUAGCCUGACGCCACCUCAGUCAGCAACAUAUUACCUCUACUCUCCUCACAUUCACUCAUAAUGUUUAUUUUAGAUUUGUAUUGUGUUGUUUUUUUCUUACUGGACAUAAAUAUACAUAAUGGCUAUUUUUUCAUUCUAUAGAAUCACGAUUUCAAGCCUUUUUUUCUAGUUUUUUUUUUAUUAAAACCCAGACUGUAGCUAUUUCUUUGUUCCUUUUUUAGAAUGGAAAAUGACUAAUACAAAGCAUGGAGAACUACUCUUUAAAUGACGAGAAAUAACCUAUUUAUUAUCUUUUUGUUUGUUUUUUUCUGACACCUGUGGUAUGUUUUUGAGUUGAAGUUGGUCUCCGCUGUGUAAAUUUUCCUCCUUGUAAUGCGUGAAAGAGACAUACUGUACAUAGCUCUGUAAAUAAAACCUCCCAGGACGUUUUGCACCCUCCUCUUUGUACUAGUCUGAAAAAUUGCGUAGAAUGUGGGGUUCUAACAGCAAACGAGCUGUGUGCGCUUGCUGCAGGUGAUUAUGAUGUAACAAUGUAACAUUUUUUUAUUUGUACAAUGUAGUUUAUUUGUGUACAUAUUGUUGGAGCAGCUA